AUGUUCAUUGAGUAUUCCACUUCGUAGACUUGCCACGUCGGUCCGGAGUAUUUUAACCACGUAUUCCUCAAUGGUUUUAACCACAGAGUUUUAACUAAUUUUUCAACCUAACAUCAACGUUGAAUAGCAGGUGUUUUGAAAGGAACUGUCAGUUGACAGGGAACAGCUGACAGAAUGAGUGGAGAAGGUGGUUUGACGAGUGAAGAGCUCGCUGAGUUUACAAAAAAUGAUAAAUAUUCCAUUCUACUACCUACUUACAAUGAGAGGGAUAACUUACCAAUUAUUGUUUGGUUAAUUGUCAAAUACAUGGAUAGAAGUGAAAGUGCCUAUGAGAUCAUCAUAAUCGAUGAUGGUUCACCGGAUGGUACAUUGGAGGUUGCUCAAAAUCUCCAGAAGAUAUAUGGAAAGGAUAGAAUUAUUCUGAGGCCAAGAGAGAAGAAACUUGGCCUAGGAACAGCGUACAUUCAUGGAAUAACACAUGCCACUGGAAAUUUUAUCAUCAUAAUGGAUGCUGAUCUAUCCCAUCAUCCAAAAUUCAUUCCAAAAAUGAUUGAGCUCCAGCGAUAUCUAGACUUGGACAUAGUAAGUGGGACCCGAUACAUUGGGAAUGGCGGAGUUUAUGGCUGGGACUUUAAGAGGAAGUUGGUCAGCAGAGGAGCAAACUUUCUUACACAAAUGCUAUUGAGACCUGGUGCUAGCGAUUUAACCGGCAGCUUUAGGCUUUACAAAAAACAUAUAUUAGAGAAGCUGAUCAAAUCCUGUGUAUCAAAGGGUUACGUUUUUCAAAUGGAAAUGAUAAUACGAGCACGGCAAUAUAAUUAUUUGAUUGGAGAAGUCCCCAUCACAUUUGUCGACAGAGUUUAUGGGGAGUCGAAAUUGGGUGGUUCUGAAAUAUUCCAAUUUGCAAAGGCGCUGCUAUAUUUGUUUGCAACUACGUAAAUAAACGUGAUAAAUCCUAUACUUGUCACAAACCAUAUUGCAUUUGGUGAUACAUGACUGCAUAAUUUAUGUACUAUAGUAAAUUUAAUAAAAGAAAAUCAAAAACGGCCAAUAAUAUGCAUUAUUGAAAAGCAUCUAAUUGUAAGAUAUUGAAUGGUUGGAGAAGCAAUAAUAAGUCUUCCAGUAUAUAGGUUUUCUCCAACUUUAUUAUGGUUAAUGGUAUGGUGUGUAGUUGUAGUUAUUAUUGCUUUUUUUCCUCUGCAUUUUUUAACUGUGUUGAUACAACAAUAAUUAUUUAAUUUGGUAUAACAGUCGAAAAAAAGUCAGUUUGUAACCAUGAUGUAUUCUAUGGUGGCGUGUAGCGAUAUUUUCAUUGUUUCAAAAAUAUAUUUUCUUUCAUGUCUGUAUCGUAUAUA